AUGGGACUGGAGAUUGGGAUGGGUACUCAGGACGAGGCUGAUGACCUCGGCCCCUUUGAGGCCUGUGAGGUACCUGAGCUUCCUCUCGUCCUCUCUGAGGGUGUUGAGUCUGUUCAGAAGACUAAGGAUGCCGUUGCCGUCCUUGAGGCCCUUGGUGCAGGUGCCGACGUCCAGAGGGUUAAGGAUUCUAAGAAGAUCCGUGCUGGUGCCGGUAAGAUGCGUAACCGUCGUUAUGUCAUGCGUCGUGGUCCUCUUGUCGUCUAUGCCGAGGAUGAUGGUCUUACCAAGGCCUUCCGUAACAUCCCCGGUAUCGAGCUCUGCCAGGUUGAUCGUCUCAACCUCUUGCAGGUUGCUCCUGGUGGCACUUUCGGCAGAUUCAUUAUCUGGACUCAGCCUGCCUUCGACCGUCUCCAGCAGCUCUUCGGUUCCUACAGGUCCGGUGCUGCCUUGAAGUCUGGUUACAGGCUUCCUAGGCCUUUGAUGACUAAUGCUGAUGUGGCUAAGAUCAUCAACUCUGAGGAGGUUCAGGCUGUCUGCCGUCCUGCUCUUGCUCCUGCUCGCCGUGUUGGCCAGAAGAAGAAUGCCCUGAAGAACCGCCAGAUGAUGGCCAAGCUUAACCCUGGUGCUCUUCAUCGUGCUAAGCUGCGUGCUCAGGCCCAGCAGGAGGGUACUCAGGCUCAUGCUCAGAAGGUUGCUGCUAUCCGUGCCCGUGCUGAGCAGGCUAAGAAGAGCGCUAAUGUCGGUAAGACUUUCUACAAGGAGCUCACUGCUGCAUAUCAGCCCACCGUCGAGAGCGAAUCCGAAGACGAGGAGUAAAUUUAACUCGCAGCACACGACGAAAUAUUAUCUCGAUAAGAGCGUUUGAUAUCUGAAGAGGAU